AUGGCCAACGUGAUGCGUCUGCCCUUCGCAACUCCAGCUCGGCGCCGAGUCCUACUCCUGCCCCUACGCCGAGUCCUACGCCGCGUCCCACGCCGCGUCCUACUCCUGUCCCUACGCCGAGUCCUACGCCGCGUCCCACGCCGCGUCCCACGCCUGCCCCUACGCCGAGUCCCACGUUUGCCCCCACGCCGAGGCCUGCGCCUGGGAACGAAACCCUGGACAAGACCGACUGCGAGUGGGGCGACUGGUCCGAGUGGGAGACGUGCACUAAAACUUGUGGAGGAGGCCUCCGCAUCAAAACCCGCAACGUCGCCGUCAGAGCCAGCGACGGCGGCAAGGAGUGCGUGGGCUCGCCGAAGAAGACCCAGGCGUGCAACGUGCUCGACUGCCCUAUCGAAGACGCCUGCGUGGACCGAGUGGGAGGACUGGAGCAAGUGCUCCAAGGAGUGCGACUUUGGUCAGCAGUCGCGCACCCGGUCGGUGUCCGUGGAGGCCAGAUACGGAGGCGACAAUUGCAGUGGCAACGCCACGGAGAUCAAGCCCUGCAACUCUUUUGGCUGCCCCGUGGACUGCAUGUGGGGAGGCUGGGGCGGCUGGAGCGCCUGCUCGCGGACCUGCGCCGGCGGCAGAAGGGAGCGGACGCGCCGGGUCAUGACCGAGCAGAAGUACGCGGGCAAGAGCUGCAAAGGGAACGACACGCAGCGGGAGGCUUGCAACGAGGUGCCGUGCCCCGUGGAUUGCGCCUGGGACGAGUGGGGCGGCUGGGACAAGUGCUCCAAGCCGUGCGGCAAUGGCACCGCCAGCCGCACGCGGAACGUCAGUGUGCACGCGGCACACGAGGGCAAGCAGUGCGAGGGCCUCGGACGGGAGGACAGGGCCUGCAACGAGGAGCCGUGCCCGGUGCCCUGCGAGUGGACGGACUGGAGCAGCUGGGGCAGCUGCACGGCAACCUGCGGCGGCGCGACCCGGGCGCGGAAUCGCACGAAGCGUGUGGAGAGCCAGUUCGGCGGUGCCCCGUGCACGGGCGCAGGCAGCGAGCAGGAGGCAUGCCAGACCUCGCCCUGCGCGGUGGACUGCUCGUGGCAGGACUGGGGGCCCUGGGGGACGUGCAUCUGCGGCGCCGGCAAGAAGUACCGGACACGCGAGAUGAAUCUGGAGUCCGACGGCGGCCUGAGCUGCCCCGACAAGGACACCGGGGGCAUGGAGAAAGCCGCCUGCGACCCCAGCGAGGCCUGCGUGAGCGCGGUGAAGGCCGUGGACUACGGCAACGGGUCCGCGCCAGAAGCCCCUCCCAACGGGACCGACGCGGCCAAGCCAGGCGCCAGCAACGGGACCACCGUCAGCUCGAGAUCCGUCACCAAGCCCCUCGACGCUGUCAACGGGACCGAGCCGGACACGAACAACUCAGUCGAUCAAGAUGCUAUCCCACCUGCUGGCGACGGGACCGAUCCCAAGGGUGCCAGCAACGCCAGCGGCACAAGUGACACGACCAGCUCCGGCACGAACGGCUCCGAUACGGACAGCUCGGGCACGAACAGCUCAGACACGAGCAGCUCGGGCACGAGCAGCGCCUCCAACGCCUCCAACGCUUCCAACGCCUCCAACGCCUCCAACGCCUCCAACGCCAGCGGCAACGGGACCUCCGGGUUCUUCGGACAGGUCGUGGGCAGCAUCCAGUUCACUGUCGGCAGGGGCGAGGCAUCGUCCUUCGUUAACACGUCCAGCGCAGCAACUGCGAUGCGCGAGGCCAUAGCCGCGCUGGCAGGGGUGCCUCCGGCACCGGUUCAUGCAAACGUGACUGUGCUCCAAAACGGCACCCUGGCCGUUAACUUUUCCGUGGAGAUGGCCGAGGUGUCGGGCGUCGGUUAUGCGGACGAGCAGAGUUUUGCGCAGGCGUUGGCGAAGAAGGACACGCCCAGCAUCCAGGAGGAGGUCAACCUUGCCCUCGCCAAGCACGACCUCGACUACGCGGUGCAGGUGCAGGCCAUCGAGGCGGAGGCGAAGACCGAGGUGCAGAACAGCGGCGCCGCCGUGGCCCGCGCCCGCGCGGCUCUGCUCCUCGCCGCCGCGGCUGCGGCGGUGCUGAGCUUGUGA